AUGGGUGAGGCGUCGAGCUCGGUGUCUGUGCACGCCUCGGCCAGCUCAGGACAUGCCAGCUCGAGUCACUCCGCUGCGUCGUCAUCUGUCGUCGCGGAGAGCUCGUUGACUGAAGCGGCGGUCACCUCGACCCACUCGCAUGCUUCUUCCACACAUGCAGCCUCCUCAACUUCCCACUCAUCCUCUCACUCGUCGUCUACGCGGACAUCCAGUUCCUCUUCCGCUGAGGAAACCCUGACCGAGGCGGACAUCCCUGUCCCCUCGCCCUCAAAGACGCACACCUCUACUUCUGCCUCGCCCUCUCCUUCUCCCUCUCCUUCCCCCUCUCCCUCGCCAUCUCCAUCUCCUUCGCCCUCUCCAGCACCAUCCAAUGGCCUCCCUCCCGUCCCCUCUCGAAUCCUUGCGGGCUACUAUCCCGACUGGUCCUCGUGGUACCUCGCCCCCGAGAAUGUCGACUACAGCAGAUUCGACAUCCUCGACUUUGCAUUCGCCAUCCCUACCGAAGCCGGCGGGUUGGAGUUUACGCAAUACGAGUCGUCGGAUCUCCUCCACCGUUUGGUCAAGGCGGCGCACUCCCACGGAAAGCGGGUCAAGCUAUCGGUCGGCGGAUGGACGGGAAGCAAGUUCUUCUCCCCGAUCUCGGCGGAUCCGGCACGGCGCAAGGUGUUUGUCAAGUCGAUGGUGGACGCGUAUCACACGUACAACCUGGACGGGAUUGAUAUUGACUGGGAGUACCCCGGAGCUGGCGGUGCAGACGGAAACAUUGUCUCUCCCCAAGACUCGGCCAACUACCUCCUCAUGCUUCAAGAUCUCCGAGCUGCCCUGCCGGACGGAGCGCUCAUCACCCUCGCUACCCAAGUCUGGCCUUUUACCGGCUCGAACGGCUCCCCGUUGAGCAACGUCAAGGGCUUUGCGGCGGUGAUUGACUGGAUCUUGAUCAUGAACUACGAUAUUUGGGGCUCCUCAUCUACUCCCGGACCCAACGCCCCCCUCUCUGACGCAUGCGGCAACUCCACGCAACCCCUCGCGAACGCCUACGCCUCCGUCUCGUCCUGGACCCAGGCCGGUCUCGACCCUUCCCAAAUAACCAUCGGCGUCCCGGCCUACGGCUAUCUCCAGCAAUCUUGGGCCACCUCCCUCCGUCAGCGGGACGUGCCCGACCAGGCGCCCGUGAAUGCCAGCAACAUGUGGCCGAUGCGUGAGCGCCGGGCGAUGGAGAAGCGGUUCACGACUGUUUCUUCGGGGUGGAGUACGACCGAGGGGCAGGUCAUGUGGCAUGAUCUGGUCGGACAGGGUGCGCUGCAGAAGUCUUGGGAUGGGAACUGGGUCGGUGCGGGUGGGUUUGAGCGGAUAUGGGACGAGUGCUCCAGUACUCCCUUCCUCAAAUCAACCCAGUCGGGCCAGAUCGUGACAUACGACGACCCGCAGUCCAUGUCCCUCAAAGGCCAAUUCGCAGCCCAGGCGGGUCUGAGAGGAUGCAAUGUCUUUAGCGUAGACGGGGACUGGACAAAUGGGGAGUGGCCGUUGACGGAUGCGGUCCGGUCGGGCUUGGGAUUACACUAG